AUGGAGGAGGACCCGGGCGAGCGGACGCCGGCCCUUGGCGGCUCCGGUGGGCCAGCCGUACGGGCCCAUUCCUCCUCGCCAAGACGGGUGCCACUUUUUGAACGGGCAUCGGCUCGUUGGUGGAAUCCACAGUUUCGAUCGCCAUCGCUCGAAGCACAGUAUUGGAAAUGCUCGUUUCCACAACUCAGGGAUCGUUUCCGCUCUGGCCUUGUGUACAUCUCGUUUGUCUGCGUUGCGUGGACAAUUUAUCUGGCCAUUUUCGACAAAGCGGGCUUUCAGCAUUGGCUCACAGCUGCCGCUUUGAUCAUGGUAUGUCUGGCGAUGCUCUCGUUUACGCUCUGUUCAUCUCAGUAUCAACGAUUCUACAUGCCGACAUCGUUUCUCUGUACUUUUCUCAUCUGUCUAGUCACUCUCCUGAUAUUCUCGUCCGAUUCCAAGUCGGCGUUUAUGACGCCUGUUGCGAGCCUCGCCACCAGUUUCCAGGUGGUGCUGUUGAUCUAUACCGUAAUCCCGCUACCACUGUAUUUAUGCAUUCUGAUCGGUUUGGUAUAUUCGUGCCUGUUCGAGAUGUUGUCAAGGAAUCGUAUCGCCUAUGGAGACUUGUCGCACAUUCAGGUGGUACUGCAUAUUGGAGUCCACCUGCUUGGCGUCCAUCUAUUCAUUCUCACUCAGGUGCGACAACGGAAAACAUUCUUGAAAGUGGGCCAAUCGCUGCUGGCUAGGAAGGAUUUGGAGCUGGAAACGCAAUUCAAAGAUCACAUGAUUCCAAUCUGUGAUGCCUAA